CUCGGAGCCCCGACGCGUCGCCGACGUCGCCCGACCGCCGAGAGUCCCCACCUCGAGACUUUGCGGCCGGUUUCCCGCGGAACCGGGCCCGCCCUCGGGGCCGGCGACGGUGCGGAGGAUUCCUCGCGAGUGAACCUUUCCAGCUGUGCGGCGAAACUCGGCCGAUCUCGCGAUCCUCCCGAGGGAGAGUGCCAGGAAGCGUCGCGCCGGCCGCCAUGACAGGGCCGCCGACCCCGCCGGCCGCCUAGGUCGUCCGCUGGUCGCCUGGCCUAGGUCAGGGACCCGGGCCCCGAUCGCGAUCGGCCCUCUCGCCCGCGACUGCGCGCUCGCGUCCAGGGUGCGCGCCCAUCACCCGGGGGCAGACCCUGGGUUGGUCCCCGUACCAUGAGCGACGGCAUCGUCGGCGCAAUUGCCAUCAGCCUGUUCGGCGGCGAAAAGAGGAGGCGCGACAGCAUGGACGCCGGCUACUCGAUGCUCACCAGUGACCUCGACGUCUGCAGGAUGUUCGAUCAGUACUCCUAUAAGAGAAGCGACAACCUCGACCUGUCCCUGAGCGUGCCUCAGCACCACCCGACGUCGUAUCACCACGACGGGUACAACAUGGCCGACCAGACAUUCCACACGCCGAGUUUCGGCGACGAGGACUUCGACAUUCCGGCGAUACACUCCCACCCGCACCAGCAACACCAGCAACAGCAGCAUCACCAGCAGCACGAUGCCUUGCACGCUUAUCAGCCACAGAUAAUGCAGGGUGGAGGAAUGCAACAAUCUCCCGAUGGGUUGAGUCUGGACCCCGGCGGGUAUCAACAGCCUCUUUACUUGCAACAAGAGCACUCGAUGCAGCCAAUCAACGUUAGCUCGGCCUAUAGCAGUCCACAAGGGUCGUACUCGACGAUGACGUCGCCGGGGCAGCAACACAGUGGUCAGCAGCUGCUGUUGUUGCAGCAGCAACAGCAACAGCAGCACUCCCACCAACAGCAGCAACAGCAGCAGCAACAACAACAGCAGCAGCAGCAUCAACAGCAAGUCCAGAUGCAGCACAUGCAGUACAUGCAUCCCCAACAACAGAUGCAGCAGCAGCAGCAGCAGCAGCAACAACAACAACAGCAACAACAACAACAACAACAACUGCAAUAUCGAAGCCCAACGGGCGGAAGUCCACCGGCGAUGCAACCUAGUGCUACCCCUGAAAACAACAACAACACGACAACCAGCGAAGAUAGUGACGAUAGCACACCGCAUUCGGCGAUGCUGGCCGGAAUAAAGCGACCAUCGCCGGAGCCCACGGACUCGGUUAGCAAGGCCCAGAAGAAACCGAAGGGCCAGAAGAAGAAGAAGAAAAGGGACCCGAACGAGCCGCAAAAGCCCGUCUCGGCAUACGCACUCUUCUUCAGGGACACUCAGGCUGCGAUCAAAGGACAAAAUCCGACUGCGAGUUUCGGCGAGGUCUCGAAAAUCGUCGCCUCUAUGUGGGAUGCUCUGGAAACCGAGCACAAGAACGUCUACAAGAAGAAGACUGAAGCGGCCAAGAAGGAGUACUUGAAGGCCCUAGCAGCGUAUAGGGCGUCGCUGGUCAGCAAGGGCGCCGGCGAGAACGAGCAGCAGCAACAGCAGCAACCGGUCCAAUAUGCCGGAUACGGAGGUUACGGAGGCAACGGUGCACCUGGAAACGUUGCUUACCAGGUGUACAGCCCGCAACCCCAGCCCCCGUCGCCCCAGCAGCAGCACCAGCAACAUCAGCAGCACCAGCAGCACCAGCAGCACCAGCAGCACCAACAGCACCAGCAGCACCAGCAGCAGCAGCAGCAGCAACAAAUGACCAUCAAGAAGUCCCCGCACCACCUAGCUGCUAUGCAAGGAAAUCCCCAGCAACAGCAGCAACAGGGAUUAAUGGGCAAUCCGAUGGCACCGCCACACAUGACGCAGCAGCAACACAUGCAGCAACAAGUAUCGCAGCAGCAGUACAUGCAGCAGGUACCCCAGCAACAGGUGCAGCAGGUGCAGGUGCAGCAACAGAUGCUGCACAUGAGCCCACCCAGGGGAGACUCGUUGUCGAGUCCCCCGCCGGUGGCCAACUCCCAGGGGAUGGGUGGACAACGUCCACCUGCGAACGCCUGCAUCCGCAGGGGUUGCCCCAACCCUGCAGUCGCCAACAGCGAGUGGGAGGAUGAGUAUUGCAGCAAUGAGUGUGUGGUCAGCCACUGCAGGUUUGUGGACGUCUUCACCACGUGGGUAUCGUCGAAUCAAAACCCCCAGCAGAACUUCUCCACGGUGAAAUAAGAAGCGGCCGUCGAUAGGAGUUCUUCGACUACACGGAGGCCUCGCGCCCAGGGGCCGUUGUUGACCCGUUGACAUGUAACUUCGUACACGAUAUGUAAAUAGGCACAGCGAGGAACUCGCCGGAUGAGAGCGACCGGAUGUGACGGGCCGAGAUUCGGAAUUGGGGAACGAGACGUGCAAGCUUAUCCUGCCCCAAUGCCGAAGACGAAGGCUGGCUCCAUCGGGCGAGGGCUGGACGGAGGAGAGAAAGAGAGUGAGAGAGAGUGAGAGACUUUCGUCCUUGGCGGAAUUUCCCGAAGACGUUGUCGCGGAUCGAGAGAGGAUUUUCCUGGGCCGAGGGUCCUAGAGACGAAGCCUUAGGGGAGAUCAUCCUGGACCGAAGGUGAGUCCUCGUUAGCGGUGCCGAAGACGGAGGAAGAACAGGACACGAAAGGGACACUUCCUAUUCCCACCUGGAGACGCGCGGUCUACCCGGAGGGGACUCGCUCCCAUCAGCAAUGGACCUGACCUUCGAUUUCUGGGAUACGGGCGGACCUUAACGCCGUUUCAAACCUUUGCAUUUAUUAACUACUCGCGACUAAUGCUAGGCUUCUCCUUGGAGAAGCCAGCAAGAAGGGCGAAACGGGAUCCGGGAGGCCUUCCAACUCUCCCUAGGUCUUGCGAAAGGAUCAGGUCCUCCUCUGCUGGGAAUCGCCACGUCCUGAAGAUAUCGACACUCCCGACUUAACUCUAUCGAUCGCGGAUAAGGGAGGAGAUUGAGAGAUAUCGUGGCGAUUCCCUGCAAAGCGCAUCCUUGGACUCUAGGUGUGGUGGUUCCACAAUUGCGCUCCUCUUCAAGUAAUAGCGGAUGAAUUGUACACGUAAGGUGGAGGACGCGCGGCCAGGAGGCGAAUCGCUUGUAAAUAGCUCUUUGGGCCGAUCUAGGUACUUUGUAUUUUCGCCGUCGAGCCGGAUCGGGUGUCCCGAUGACACCCGGAGUCCUGGCAGUGCCAUGGCCGAGGUUAAACGUUUUAUCUUAAACGUUUCUAGAUAGGAACGCGGAGGUAUAAGUAACGUCGAUCGAGAGGGUGCUGGUAGGAGCCGCCAGAAUGUUCCAAGAGGUUCUGGGAGGUCCCAGGAAGUCCCAGGGGUCCUAGAAAUUCCCUGGAGAUCCCAGAUCGUCCCAGGAGGUCCCGGAUGAUCCCAGGAGGUCCCAGAUGAUCCCAGGAGAUCCCGAGGUCAUUUUAUAGUGGAGAAGUGGCGAAACCAUAGGUUUCUAGUUCCUGAUCUCGUACCUGGUUCGGUACCAUGUCGCGGCUGGCUCGGUAACCGGGUUCCCGAUCGGAGGAACGUCUCACACCGUCUUCCUGAUGAUAGCUCGGUCUUGGACAGGAUCUUAGAGCUUACGGAAUCGGAGAGGACAUUGUUUAAUACAUAUACACUAAAUUGUUCAAAUCUACAGUGGUGGUUAGACGGAAAAUCAUUCGUUUCUAGACUCUUCCAGAAGUAAGCUGAGCGCGCAUUAUAAGACUUUUGGUACACAAAGUCUAACCGUGGACAGUAAAUAAUAAAACACGGAAAGAAAUUUGUUUCUAUUAAAUGGGAAAUUUAUUUAGUUAACCUCAUCGAAUACCUUAACAUUUGUUAAGGCGUUCGAUAAAGUUGAGGUUUAAGUAUAUCUUGCAAUUUGUUAUUUUCAAUGGGAAAUUUAGUUUUAUUUAUUAAGUAUCUCUCUUUCCCAAUGAAAUACGAUAUAUAUUCUACACUUGUGCGGUAAGAACUUCUGGAAGAAGUAUAAAGACGGAAGACAACAAUCUGUCUAACUACCUUUGGAAAUCUUCCCUCUUACCUGUCUUGCAAUUUAGGUUUAUUUUUUAUUUUUUUUUCAAUGAUAAGUUUAUUCAUUUUGAGGUACCUCUCAUGACAAAGUACUACGAUGUAGUCUAUGCUUGCUUCUUAAGGAUUUUUGGCAAAGCUAGGAACGGAAGAUACCCCAUUGUCUAAUUUUCAUGGUACAUCGUUAUCUAUAUAUUGUCACCUCCAUUUCUAUAAGCUGUAUGGAUAGGAAGCGCGUCUCUUGUUCAUUUCUCGAAGGUCAGGAUAAUUGUCUGCUGCAAAAGGAGAUAAUCCCAUGUAAUUCCGACAAAUAUCUCGCUUCACCAGGGAAUAACUUCCUGUUAGGUCGCUAGGAAUUGCUUGUUCAAAGUGCAGAAUCUUCGCAAUUGUUGGAUCGCUUAAGGUGGACUUUGGUGAAACUAGACAAAAGAUGGAAAAAAAAUCGAUUCUUUUGCCGGUUUCACUCGGUGUGCGAAUUUAACUAACGAGGGUCCAGCUCUGACGAAGGAACUUAGGAACGCACUUGGAUCACGCACUUCCUUUUUCUCUUUGUUUGCUUUCAUACGCCGAUGUUUGUUGGACGAGUCCAGCUGUUGCAACUGGGCUAAUCCGAACGCUGGGAGACAGAAAUUACACCCUACGGUUUUAGCUAAGAACAUAAGCAAAUGUACACGCACUACUAGAAGCGCAAUUUAAGAGCCAGUACAUGGUACAAGGACCAAUUUCCUUUAAUUUCCCUUAUCACGAGUACUUUUGGAUCUUCGGGUCUUCUAAUUUAUGCGACGAAAUGCCGCCAAUAACGAAAUUCAGCGUCCAGACGAUUCGCACAUUCACGAUGGCAAAUAUCUUUAGAUUCGUCCUCGCGUUCAAAGCACUGUAAAGGCGCAGGUCGGCCAUUUUGAAUUCCCGGCGUCAGAAGCGAAGAAAUAGUGUUAAUUUCCGCCGGGUAUUUGGCUCAUUUUCUCACGUUUGGCGAUGCCCCGAGCACAGAUAUGAAAGAAUAACACAUUUCGAAAAUAUCUAUUCCCUUUUUCUCCUGAUUUUCGUGGUAAAAUACCUUUUUUUGUCGCGGAAUACCCAGUGGAAGUUUCGCGCGGUUUCCUCGACUCGGGCGGCACAAUCCAAUAUGGCCGCCAUGGCGUCGCUGGGCCUUUAAGGGCGAUUGGGGUCUCAAGAUGGGAACGUAGAAGGUCGGGACCUCCUCUGGUAGACUUAUUUUUGUAUCGUCUCUGCAGGCAGCGCGUGACAAUUCGUAAACGUUAAAUGACAAAUGCACGCGUGCUGGCACUCGGAAGUGCGGACUCUUUUCUAACGGCGAUGCGAGAUCACGAGUGCUAUUAGAUUUCUACACUUGUAAAGCGGAGUUUUUCGAAAGACCGGAGGUCUGCAGGGCCCUUCCGAGGUCGAAGGGCGAUGAGAGGGACGUUUCACCGACGGAAAUUAAAAUCUAGGAGAAGGAAUAUUACCAAACUCUCGAGAAACAAGAACAUCGCUCCUGCGCAGAAUCAAUGGCGUCGUUCGGAGCGGAUCGUCUCUCUCAUCGUCAGGGCGAAAUCGUUAUAUUUUACGAGAAGGGAAAGGUAAAUAAAAAAUCAAGGGACCGAGAGGACGUCCGGUCGUGCCGUGGCUCGAGCUUUUUAUUUAACGUUAAACUCGCCCAGGAAUUUCGUAGCUUUUAUAUAUAACAAUAUAUCCGAGACGACCGGGAGACAAGCCCGACAAGGGCCCGCCCUGUUACAUCGUUCUCUCCUUGAUUCUCGAGCUAGUUAUUAAUUAUUUAGCCGUUCCCGCCUCGGGCUCUGAGGCGACAGCUACAUAUGUAUAUCGUUAUCGACUAUUACAAACAAUUGGAGGGCGAGGAGGGAGUCCGCGGGUUUUUCUUUAUUUGUGGAACUCGCUCGAGGUGCCCAAGAACCGGGUCCAUCUUGGAGACAUGUAAGACGAGCGACCGAAAGAAAUCCAGAAUUUUCUUCCGUCACUUGUCUAGAUAAUUAUCGAAAUCACGGACUUCCUUGCGAGAAGACUUCGCUGAACCUGGCACUCGCAAAUAUUCCGUUCUCUUGGGGAUCUUCUGUAAUAAACAUCCCUUUAGAUCGAGGGACGAGUAACGGCCAGUCGGCCAUAUUGAAUCGCGACGUUAGAUCGAAGAAUUCCCAUGAAAUUCCCAUAUAGGACCCGAUUUACCACGUUUUCGUCGAUAAGUGGAUACCGUAUUGAUUAGGAUGUGUAAAAUGUGUCAACUGGUCGGUAUUUGCGAUGAUAUUGCGUUUAUUAUCGAAUUAUCGCCUCAAAAUCGUAAGCCUUGCGGUUGGUCUAACGCGUCGAUUUUCCGAGUGUAAUAACUCGCUUUUUAAUGCACAAUCCAUUAGAAACUGAUUAGCUGACACAUUUCUAGAUUCUCUGGUUUCUUUAGACGUAAUCUCCGCCAGCAAAUGCCAUUUGCUCUGCGAAAAAUACCCCCGGGGAAAUUUUACGGGAUUUCUUCGUCUCCGAGUCGGAAAAUCCAAUAUGGCCGCCUCGGCUUUACAAGUCCUUAAGUAAAUACGGCACGGGAAGUUGAUUUUCUUUAACCCCAGCCAGCUCGAGGAACCCUGUAUAACGUCAGGAGAGGAUGAAGAGGAUCUUCUCGAAGCUCUUAAAGAAAACUUGAGGUUUUUCCUCGAUGGACGUUCCGUGUAAUCUUGGAGGCACCUCGCGCGACAACGCGGACAAGCUCUCGCCAGAGAUGGGCAUCUGCGAUCGUUUCUAUUUAAUUGCUCGCCAAUGACUCGGUUUCCCUGCUCCGAAAAAGCGACAUCCACUCGAGGCUCUUUGAAUAUAAUUUCUUCGGAAAUACCAGCCGCCACGUAAACGCGUUAAGAGCUUCGCGACGAGUUUCUAAGUCGAUUGGUUCUUCCCCUUUUUCCCGGGAAAUGGGUGUCCAUCUUUGGCUGACGCAAUCGUUGGUUUUCAUAUUAUUUUUAUGUAAAUACAUAAAUAUAUUCUCUAUAGAUUUAUUAUAGGUUGUAAUGUACACAUAAUCCAUACUGUAUUAUACUGAUAAUGAUUUGUGGUAUAUUAAAAGUAUAUAUAUAUAUAUAUAUAUAUAUAAAUAUAUAUAAAUAUAAAUAUAGGAUAAAGAUAUAUAAUUAUGGUUUACGAGAGAGGAGGAGCGAUGCAUUUUCGAGACGAAUGGCGGAAGGAGGCAGAGAGACGAUUAGAGGACGAAGGCACUGAUAAGGAUGGAAAAGGGAGGGAAAUAUCGCGGUUUCCUGGAAUUCUCGUUCAUGUACAACCCCCCCGACUCACGAUUGCAGGCACGACCUCCGCGACACACUAAUCACAAUUGCAUAAGCCUAUUAUUAAGGAGAAAUAAGUCUAGAGACCUAUCGAGCAUAUAUGGUAGUACGGCAUUACGCAUCAAAUGCUAAUAUAUGAUGGUGAUUUGCAAUGAGUUUAUGUUCGUUUUUAUUGUUUUCUGUACAAAGACUUAAUUAAACGAUUUCAGUCCCA